AAUAAUCGUCUACUCCUUUUCUCUGCACUCUAUCAAUCCAGAAACGAAAAGUGAGAGAACGAUGGAGAAAUACUUUGGAAAUGCGUACAGAGGAGACCCAGGAGUACCACACACAGACCCAGACAGAUUCUUGAACAUCUGGAUUGGUUCCGCUGCAUUCUCUGCUCUUACUUGGUUCAAUCCUUACAUGUGGCAACUCACCAAUCAAUGGAAUUGGCAUGACAAAGCUAUGCUGUAUGAGCAGCACCACUGGAAGAAGGCAAUGGCCAAGAAGCAACCUUAUAAAUUCAAGUGGAAUGAAAACAUGGACAAAGACACUCGUGAAUCGUACUACUUCAAUUGGCCUGUAUAUUUUCCAUAAACACACUGUCUUAUGGGAUUUCUGUGAUCCUACAGCUUCUUCAUGUUAUUCUCUAAACUAUGUUUUGGAGUCUCAUCUCUUUGAUACUAUCUUCUAGGGCAUGAAGCCUAAACAUGUUUGCAUUGCAGAACUGAUUUCUGUUUUGAUUUAAUAAUUCCGGGUUAAAGAUUCAA